AUGUUGACAUCUGUCACCUUGUCUCAAACCACUCGCCCGGGUUGGACACGGCCCGUGUGUGGUUGAAGUAGAAACGUAAAUAUCUACAUUAAUAGACGUUAAUUGGCUCUCGUGACUUACCCGGAAAAUGUUUUGAUUUUGGACAACCUAAAAAUGUUUCACUUCACCGCCCGUGGUAGUGGAAUAUGGCUAAAUGUGAUAUCGCGUCAGCACAGUAAACACCAAUUGCUCGUUGCACGGUUCGCAGCUCGGCAACCGACUCAGCCAGCGGCCCAGAAACAGGAGAAUGGCGACUCUGAAUUGCAGAGCAUUCAAUCGGUCGCUGUGCCAGUUACUCUUCCUCCGAUUGUGGAUGUUACUAAGAGGUUCGGUACCCAAACUAUAGCCAGCUUGGAUGAGACGACGGAUACGAAAGAUGUGAGAAAACGAACGAAGAAGAAGUUCGUGGAACUACCAUGGAUGAUAACGCCAUCACCUGAUCUAUCCAGAUUGGGGAAAUACUAUUUGAUGCUGUCGAAGUCCCGCUUAACUUCCCUCGUCGUCGUGACAUCAAUGGCAGGCUAUGCGGUAGCUCCAGCUCCUUUCGAACUAUCGACAUUUCUGCUUUGCUCUGUGGGGACCGGCCUCCUCUCUGCAGCUGCGAAUGCCGUAAAUCAAUAUCACGAAGUUCCGUUUGAUGCACAAAUGUCCCGGACAAAAAAUCGAGUAUUAGUCAAGGGUAUUCUGACGCCUCUCCAUGCAGUUGGCUUUGCCAUUGGAACGGCAUCGACAGGACUUUCCAUUCUCUAUUUCGGGGUGAAUGGACUGACUGCUGCUCUCGGUUGUGCAAACUUCUUCCUGUACACCUCAAUAUAUACGCCUAUGAAGAGGUUUAGUAUAGUAAAUACAUGGGUUGGCUCCAUAGUAGGAGCAAUCCCUCCACUAAUGGGCUGGGCUGGAUGCGCCGGAUCACUCGAUGCUGGAGCAUGGAUCCUAGCCGGAUUACUCUACGCCUGGCAGUUUCCACAUUUCAAUGCGCUUUCCUGGAAUUUACGUCCAGAUUAUUCCCGAGCUGGCUAUCGGAUGAUGGCUGUUACGAAUCCGGCAUUGUGCCGGAGGACGGCGCUAAGGUACACGGCGGUAAUAGGUGGGCUGUCGUUGCUUGCACCUUACUAUGAAGUUACCAAUAUGUGGUUCGCGCUGGAGACACUGCCUCUCAAUGCAUAUUUCGGAUAUUUAGCAUGGAAGUUUUACCAAAAAUCCGACAGUGGAUCAUCACGAAAACUGUUUCGUUUCUCCCUCCUCCACCUGCCCGCAUUAAUGUUACUAUUUUUACUGAAUAAGAAACGCUGGAUAUUCGCUGAAGACAAAACAGCUACUGCAGUUCAGGAAUUAGCCAUAGAAACUAGUACCGUAGAUAGUAAGGCCGCCGUAGCCAGCGACGUUAUUCCAAAAGUGAGCUCCCAGUCAGGAUCAACAUCAAGCGUAGUACCUGCAGCGAUGGUCCCAUCGCCUCUUCAGAAAGUUCUACCUGUAGCGUCCGCCCAGCAGCCUCCAGCGUGACAACGUUAAUUGAUAACGUGUAUUCAAUGGAGACUAUCGUGGAAAAAAAGUGUUUCCCAUUAGUUAAGGCAGUUGUACAUAUUAAACCAACUUUCUAGUCUGGUAAAGUUACAAUUUAACUCAAGUUUUAUGUACUUGUAUGGAGAAAGUUGUAAUGAACAUUGGAGCGUGAAAAAUGUCGUUUUAUUGAAAAGCGCCGGUGUGAAGAGAGUCAAGACCCAGUUCUGUGUAAAUAUUUAUAAAAUGAUUUAUAAUAAAUAACUUAUGACAUGAUA